AUGCCUCGUCUCCGCAUUACCCAUCAGUGCCCGGACUGCACUACUAUCAAGAAGAUUCCCCUAGACGCAAUCCCAAUGGGGUGGUCCGACGGUCCCCAGCUACUCGAGGAGCAUUUCAAACCUUAUACUUGCGAAUUUUGUCUAGUUCAACGUCAUGGACUACAAAAUUUCACGCCCGUUCUAUUCAACAGGGACAAAUGGAAUAAUGCUGAUGUUGAUUUUAUCAUCACGUCCGGUGGUCGCUACUAUAUCGGGGAACUCUCGUACCAUGCUAUUCUUGAGAUUACCUGGCCACGUACCCUAGCGGAUAUUUUGCUUGUUCUUGGUACUCGAGGAGAAUCGGGUUUGAGACGACGGGAGAUAGUGGUGGCGAAGAGGUUCCGUUCCUAUUGGGAGAGGACCUGA